AUGCCGCGCAUCAAGAGUGCGACUCCGGCCGAGGCCGCCAAGUAUCCCCGCGAGUUCAGCAUCCUGGUCAACCUCGCAAAGGAUGGCGAGGCGCCGCGCGAGGUGCUCCUGAAGGCCGCCGCAGUGUACGGCAACGAGGGCGCCGCGGAAAAGCUGGCGGGUGAGUCACAUCGGGUGCGACUCACCUGCUGGCUGGAUCAACCGCCGGGGAUUAACCUGCGCAGCCUUCCCCAGUCUUUCGCCGCAGUUCUGCCUGGAUGA